AAGAUGGCGGAUUUUCUGAAAAAGGGUUCGGAGCUGCAAACCAUAGCUAAAUCAGUUAAAAAUAAAUCUACAAAGAAAUAAAUACUGUAUUAGUUAGGUUGGCAAACGAACCACUGUCAAACAUUUAAAUAGUAUUGGUUUGUUUUGAAUAAUUUGGUGUUUUCUCCUGUUGCUGUAUAACGACCGUAUUGGUAACUUUGGAAGCCACCAUGGCGGAGGAGCGGAGGCCGAAGCAGUGCACUGUGGUUCUGCCCACUGAGUCCAUGAAGGCCAUGGCAGAGUCCAUAGGAGUGGGGCAGCUACAGGAGGAGAGCUGUGCCGCCCUGAGCGAGGAGGUCAGCUACAGAAUAAAGGAGAUCGCCCAGGACGCGUUGAAGUUUAUGCACCACGGAAAGAGACGUAAACUGACAACAAGCGACAUAGAUCAUGCUCUUAAACUGAAGAAUGUAGAGCCUCUGUAUGGGUUCCAGUCGCAGGAGUUCAUCCCGUUCCGCUUUGCCAGCGGAGGAGGGAGGGAGCUUCACUUCUACGAGGAGAAGGAGGUGGACCUUAGUGACAUCAUCAACACACCCCUCCCUAGAGUCCCACUUGAUGUUUCACUCAAAGCUCACUGGUUAAGUAUUGAAGGUGUCCAGCCUGCUAUACCAGAAAACCCACCCCCAGCCCCCAAAGAGCAGCAGAAGGCUGAGUCUACAGAGCCCCUCAAGGUGGUCAAGCCUGGUCAGGAGGAGGAGGGCUCCAUCCAGAAGGGCCAGGGAGCUAUAUCUGCAGAGGCUAAAGGUAAGAAGGAGGGUCUGAUGAGGAUGAAGCCCCGCAGUACUCACGAGCUCUCAGUGGAACAGCAGCUCUACUACAAGGAGAUCACGGAGGCCUGCGUCGGGUCCUGUGAGGCCAAGAGAGCUGAGGCUCUACAGAGUAUUGCUACAGACCCUGGGCUCUACCAGAUGCUCCCCAGAUUCAGCACAUUUAUCUCUGAGGGGGUCCGUGUGAACGUGGUGCAGAACAACCUGGCCCUGCUCAUCUACCUGAUGAGGAUGGUCAAGGCCCUCAUGGACAAUCCCACACUCUACCUAGAGAAAUAUCUGCAUGAGUUGAUCCCAGCGGUGGUGACGUGUAUAGUGAGUAAGCAGCUGUGUUUGCGGCCUGACGUGGACAACCACUGGGCUCUGAGGGACUUCGCUGCCCGUCUGAUGGCCCAGAGCUGUAAGACCUUCAGCACCACCACCAACAACAUCCAGUCACGCAUCACCAAGACCUUCACCAAGAGCUGGUUGGAUGAGAAGACCCAGUGGACGACACGGUAUGGCUGCAUCGCUGGACUGUCUGAACUAGGACCUGACGUGAUCAAGACGUUGAUCCUGCCCAGGCUCACUGUAGAAGGAGCUCGUAUCAAAGCUGUGUCUGAGGGACCUGUGGUCUCCAACAUCGAUAAGAUAGGAGCAGACCACGUCCAAAGCCUUCUACUGAAACACUGUGCCAGCGUUAUCGCCAAGACUCGUCCCCUGCCUGACAACAUGGAGCAGUACCGGGCAGACUACGGUUACCUGGGGCCCACGCUCUGUUCCCACGUGGUUAAGGCCCGGGCCCAGGCAGCACUACAGGCCCAGCAGGUCAACAGAACCACACUCACCAUCACACAGCCUCGGCCCACCCUAACGGUGUCUCAGAGCGGGAUAGGAGGGUCGGGGGGGUCCCGUUCCCCCAGCAUCAUCAAGGUUCCCAGCUCCCUCACCCUCAUGUCCACCCGACCAGGCACCCCAACACAGCCAUCGCCACCGGCAACCAAGUACAUCGUCAUGGCAACCAGUGCAGGGGCUUCCUCCACCCAGCAGGUGAUCACCCUGAGUUCCUCCUCGGGCUCCUCGGUAACCAGCACGGUUGCCAGCGCUACCUCCACCCUGCAGCCUCUGGUCAAGCUGGAGUCCAGAGGGGCCGGCGGCCUCGGGGGGUCGCGACCCCUCCAGAAGUACAUUGUGGUGUCUCUCCCCACGUCCGCCUCUUCCUCCCUGGAGAGUAAGAGUGGCAUGCUCCCCCCCUCCUCUUCCUCCACCUCUCCCAUCUCGCUGGAGGCCGGGAUGAAGAUGGAUCGCUCAGACUCUCCCGGGGCCAGCACACAGUCCCCGCACUAAGAUACUGGCUACGUCCCAUUUGCGACGCAGACACUGGCUUGUAAUUGUCUUAGGGUGGUCAGACAGCCCUCUGAUUGGAUGUUGAUGGUGAUAAUGAGAGAUACCUCUACCUCUCUGAUAGGACAGAGAUUAGGUGCCUGAAGAGGGAGGAAGGGAUUACUUUUGGGAGCCGGGGUGGAAACUAGCAACUUCUGAGUCUAGAGUAGCAGAAGAAUUGUCAGAAAAGGGGGAUAUUAUGCGAAAGUGAUUGAUAGAGACCAGAUGGGAUGGCGGGAGGAGAGGAUGGAUGGGUGCAUGUAGUAAAGUGCACAAAUCGCAUCUCUUUUCUUAUUGUACAUACAUUCACACGUGUCUAAAAGCUGUGUGGGCAUUUAUAAUGGUUCAACCAACAUUCUAAUUGAUUUUAUGUUCCUUUUUUACACUAUAAUAAACCUGAUUUUGUAAUGAU